AUCUUUGAUUUCCACAACUAGAAUAUAAAAAACAUUGAAUUAUUUAAUAGUCUUAAUUGGCCUGCAUGGCUUUGGCUAUCAUGGUUACAUUAGUCUUGAAUUUAAUUCUCUUGUUCUCAGUAGUUUCAACUGUAAAUUCACUUAGCUUCAACUACUAUGAAAAGACAUGUCCUGACGUAGAGUUCAUUGUUGCCAAGACAGUGAAAGCUGCCACUGCUGUGGACAAAACUGUCCCUGCAGCGCUUCUCCGAUUGCACUUCCAUGAUUGCUUCGUUCGGGGAUGUGAUGCUUCUGUGCUGCUAAACUCAAAAGGAAGCAACAAAGCAGAAAAAGAUGGACCACCAAAUGUUUCAUUGCAUGCAUUCUUUAUCAUUGACAAUGCAAAGAAAGCAAUAGAAGCUACUUGCCCUGGAGUAGUCUCUUGUGCUGAUAUCCUAGCUCUAGCAGCAAGGGAUGCUGUAUUUCUGUCUGGAGGUCCAGGUUGGGAUGUUCCUAAAGGAAGAAAGGAUGGAAGAAUAUCAAAGGCUAGUGAAACCAUACAGUUACCAUCACCAACUUUCAACAUAUCACAGCUACAAAAGAGCUUCUCUCAAAGAGGUCUCUCAAUGGAAGACUUGGUAGCUUUGUCAGGAGGACAUACCUUAGGUUUCUCCCACUGCUCAUCCUUCAGGAACAGAAUCCAUAAUUUUAAUGCAACACAUGAUGUGGACCCUACAUUAAAUCCAUCAUUUGCAGCAAAGCUAAAAUCAAUUUGUCCAAUAAAAAAUCAGGUAAAGAAUGCAGGCACAACCUUGGAUGCUUCUUCAACUACAUUUGAUAAUACAUAUUACAAGUUGAUCAUCCAAAGGAAGGGUAUAUUUUCUUCUGAUCAAGUUCUUCUUGACACACCAAAUACCAAGGAUCUUGUUUCUAAGUUUGCUACCUCACAAGAUGCAUUUUACAAGGCUUUUGUGAAGUCCAUGAUUAAAAUGAGCAGCAUCAAUGGUGGCCAAGAGGUUAGGAAGGACUGUAGGGUGGUUAAUUAGGAAGGAUUUCUUAGUUUAAAUACAGUUUGAAGUAUCAUAUUCUCAUUUUGUAGAAAGAAAAUGAGCUAAAAUGUUUAUUGAAAUAAAACUGUUUUACUUUGUGUUAUGCGGAGUA